CCGAUAAACCUUGGACUGCACCAGUGACAGAUUGGGAUCUGCUGGCUUCCUGGCUCAAACAGCUGAAAGGAAUCCUCCUGCAUUAUGAAUCACCUGAGGCUGCCUCUGCUUCUCUUCAUGCUGCUUGUGCUGCUGCGCUGUGUCGCCACCGCCCCAAGCCACAGGUACUUCAGUCCUAGCUCAUCCAGCGAGCAGGAAAGCGCGCUCCCGGACGACGAAGGCUGGCUCGUACCCGGGCUCGUCUCCAACCCCUUCCUCGACCUCAUGAACUCACGGCCGCAAAGAGGGCUCACAGCCGUCAACAGCCAUCACAUCGAGAAGAGGAAGUGCAACACAGCGACCUGUGUGACCCAAAGACUAGCAGACUUCCUGGUGCGCUCCAGUAACACCAUCGGCACCGUUUACGCACCAACCAACGUAGGAUCUAGCGCCUACGGCAAGAGGGAGCUCCUGCAGCCUCCCAGCUACCUGACCCUCUAGUCCACCUCCAGCACUUCCAGCGCUCAGAUGAUAUAACCAGACGUCAUAUAAUGUGAAAAUAACGUUGACAAAGCUGACAUUGAUGGUAAUGAUGAUUAUGAACAGAUAUUUUUUUGUUUAUUUUGUAAACUUCAAAAAAGAAAAAAAAAUCUGUGAAAAAAAUAUAGCUGUAAAGUGUAUCCUCAUCAAUAUAUUAUCAUCUGUUUGUUGUUUUUAUAAUAAAAGUUUGAAAAUAUAUCUGAAAAGUCUGUUUUACGGCACAUCAUUGCACGUAUUGUAAGUGUGUAAGCACCGUGAUGACAAUUUAAUGGGUGUUUUGUAGAUUUUAUCGACUUCACAAUAAAAAUAAAACAUG